GUACCGUUCCACCUUUAUCGCCGUCCAGGAGGACGAUUGCAAGGCUGGCCGACGCACACGCAGCCUUCCUCCUAGGCUCGGGUCCGUCGACACUGCGGUGGAGUCCCGGUACGUGGGCAACCUCCUGCAGAGGCAUGCGGCAUCCUUCGGCUUGAAAGAGGAGAUCUCGAAUGGAGACCGUGUGGAGAAAGCGGCGGAAGAGGCACAGUUUCAGGAGGCAGAGCAGCUGGCCACCAACGAUGGCAGCUUUGGUCACCCAGAGGUGUGCGGGCGUCCCUGCGUGCGGUUCAUGCAUGGCAACUGCGAGCAGGGCGCUGCGUGCCAAUUCUGCCACCUUGAACACACGAGGCCCAAGGGGAAGCUUGACAAGCGGCAGCGCCAGUGCUUCGACAGCUUGAAUGAGCACCAGGUGCUGUCUCUCCUCCUCCCCUACGUUGUUGCACGCUGCGAGGAUCAG